AUGAGCGCUUUGAGUGGCAGUGACAUUUAUGGGCUCCGCUCGAACGGCACCCCAUGUCGAGUGGCCCCAGGGGCCCCUCAGUCCCUCGCCUCCAUCAGCCUGGCACACUCUAUAGAGUUGGCCAACCGUGCUAGUCCCUAGUUCCCUAGGACGGGCCUUAUGAACACAUCUACAUAAUCUUAGUUAUUCUAGUUUGAACACGUCCUAGUUUGAACACGUCCUAGUUUGAACACAUACUAGUUAUUCUAGUUAGGUUUGGGCGGUAUCCAGAUUUUCAUACAUCAUACACUUUCUAUACCAUACCGGGGUAUACAGUAUAACCGGAAGUGCACACAAGGGGUGCUUUUUUUGAUGCACAAAACAGUAUAGGCAACAGGGAUCUUGAUCAAGGAGGAUAAACCUGGAUAAGAAGUUCAUCUUCACAUCAGGAGGACGUCAGUGCCCAUUUAAAAUCAUUUUUUGCUUUGAUUCUAACUCGCACUCUAUUUGGCCCUCCACUCCUGUCCUCUCCAUUAACAUUGACCAGAGAGAGGAUGAUAGGAGGUGCUAGAUCAGAAGGUCCCGGUGUUUUCCAUUCCAAUAAGUGUCAGUCAGGUGGAUGGUUGUGAGGGGAUUCACUCAGUAUUCUCCUGCAGUAGUACCAGCAGCUUCUUCUCCUGUCUGUCUGUCUGUCUGGCUCCUCUCAUCACAGGGGCAUUGUGCACGGAUUUACUGCCCUCAAUGCCCCCAAGAGAGAGAUUUGAUUCCACUGCACUGGCUAAUCUCCCUCUCCUCUCUCUCCCCCCGCCCCUCUCUCUCUCCUCUCUCAUUCCAUCUUCUCUCCUCACUUUUUUUCCCCACUUAUCUCCAACUUCCCUUUUAACGUCUGCUCCCUAUCUCCCACUCUUCCUCCUCUUCUCUCUCUCUUUCUGUCUUUCUUUCACACAGCCACUCCCAGUCCCCGGGCUCCAUGGCGGCAGCAGUGCAAGGCAGCGAGUGGUCGUGCGGCCGCUGCACCUUCCUGAACGCAGGGGCGGCGCCGCGCUGCUCCAUCUGCGAGGCACCGCGCCAGAAGCCCGACCUCAAUCAGAUCCUGAGGCUGAGCAGCACCGAGGAGCAGCAACGCUGGGCCUGCCCCCGCUGCACCCUCAACAACCCCCAGGGCUCUGGCGCCUGCACCGUCUGUGGCUUCGGACCCUCGCCGGGCACCCCCACGCCGACCACUACCAUGGCUGCCACCACCAACGGCUUCCUGCCCCCGCCGCCGCAGCCUCCGAUGCCGGUCAUGACUCCCACGGUUCUCCCGGAGCCCCGCGGGCAGCAGCCGGCCAAGGAGGAGGCGCUGAGGAGAUCGGAAAGCAACGGGGAGGUGGGGGGCCUGAGCGGCCUGGGUGGAUCCGAGGGGCAGAAGCACCACCACUCAGGCUGGGCGUGCCCACGAUGCACGCUUCAUAAUACUCCUGUUGCAUUGUCGUGUUCGGCCUGUGGGGGACCAAGGAAACUGUCGCUGCCCAAGAUCCCCCCCGAGGCGCUGGUGGUGCCCGAGGUGCGCACGCCCGUGCUAGGGUUUCCCGUCCACGUAGCAGGGGCCUCCGCCCCUCCGCUCCUCAUUGACUUGACAGACGACUCACCCCCCGCAGCCCCCCCCUGCGAACCCCAGGAGCCCCCCGACGCCAACUUGCCCCCUCCGCCACUCUCCUCCCCUUUCACGCCCUUCUCCUCUCUCCAGAACAACCCAGUGCCCCGCAGCAGGAGAGAGGUGCCCCCACCAGGGCGGCCGCCCAACCCUAACCCCAACGCCCCCAGCCCGACUUCUCCCUCCACGGCCUGCGUGCCCCCCCAGCCCUGCCCUCCCCUCCGCCCUGCCAAGCCUAAGCACGCCCAGCCUCAGGAGCCCUCCUUCCCCAGCAAGCGCCUCAGCAUCCUGGAGGAGGAGGACGGCCCCCAACCCCAUCACACCUCCCACGACCCCGUCACAUCACCCCCCACUUGGAAGUGCCCCGGGUGCUCCUUGCCCAACCUGAGCGGCUCGUCCAAGUGCGAGGCAUGCCGCUCAUCGCGGGCUGGCGCCGACCUCAUCGACCUGGUGGGCUGCGAGUCGGUGCGCUUUACGCCGGCCAGCCCCUCCAGUCCGGACUUCAGCACCUGGGCCUGCUCCAAGUGUACCCUCCGCAACCCCACCGGGGCGGCCAAGUGCUCGGCCUGCGGUUCCUCCAAGCUCCAUGGCUUCCAGGAGCCUAGUUCUCGCUGCUGCCCGCACUGCGGCCUCCCCGGCCCCUGCUCCUGCUCCUCAGCCUCCUCCUCAUCGUCUUCUGGACACAAGGCCCGAAAACAAGCCCGGGUCUACCCCUCACCCUCGCCCUCGGCCACCAACACCUCCUCCUCUUCCUCAUCCUCCUCCUCCUCCUCCUCUUCCUCGUGCACGUUACUGCAGGAGAAGCAGUGGGGCUGUCCGGCAUGCACGCUGCUCAACGAUGUCAAGUCAAAGAACUGCGCGGCAUGCCACACGGCCCAGCAGUACCUAACACUGCGCAAGGUGGCCAAGCCACUGAAGAGGAGGGAGAGCAUGCACGUGGAGGCACGGCGGCGCAACGACGAGGGCGAAGCCAAGGAACUCUGGGAGAACAUCACCACCUUCUGUCGAGAGGUAAGCCGCUCUGGGAACCGGGGGUUGGGAAAUGGAUUGUGUUUAUGCUUUUCAAAAGCUAAUAGCGUCUUCUUAAAGAGCAUGUGUCAAGACAACUGACAUCAUACGCUAG